AUCGAGAAAAAGAGAAAAUAAGUAUAAAUUACGAGCAAACACCACGGGGCAACCAGCAGCACUUCCUCUACUCAUCCGCCUCUCCCAUAUAACAAGCCCCCCCUCACACAAUCAAUCACUUUGUGUAUCUCUCUCCACCGCAUCUCCGCCUCUACGCCACCGUCACUAAAGAUACACACACAAUGCCUGCACAGAAGCGUCCUGCUAGCACUCCUGCUGGCACUGAUGAUGAUAACACCAACCAAAACAACAACAAUUCUUCCGUGCAUCGUAAUCAGAACAGCGAUGAGCAGCCUCAGGGAGAGCAAUCAGAUUCGAAUGGAAGCCGUUCUCCGAGUCCUGAUGGCGACGACGAAGAAUAUAUUAUUGUUCAUUUGCCUGAUAUACGCAAGGAAGUACAAUGUCCAAUUUGUCUAGGGAUUAUAAGAAAAACCAGGACCGUCAUGGACUGCUUGCAUCGCUUUUGCAGGGAAUGCAUCGACAAGUCGAUGAGACUGGGAAACAAUGAGUGCCCUGCAUGCCGUACGCAUUGUGCCAGUCGUCGUUCGCUGAGGGAUGAUCCAAAGUAUGAUAGACUCAUUUCUACUCUGUAUCCGGACGUUGAGAAGUAUGAAGAGGAGGAACUGGCUUUCCAUGAAGAGGAGAGGACGCGCUAUAAGCAGAUCCAAGAUUCCAUUGCCCAGACUCAGCGCAGACAAUCUGAGGCACUAGGCAAGAAACGCUCAAGUGCUAGAGCAACAGCUGCUGCAAUUAUGAGGAGAUCACAGGUGCACCAAACUUCCAGAGGAAGGAGGAACCAAAGAGCUACUGGGCAGGCAGGAUCUGAUGAGGAGAAUUAUGCUAAUGGCCGUAGUAGAGGGAGUGCAGAUAGAGGAGAUGAAAAUGAUGCUGAGGUUAACAGAGAUUCCUUGGGCGCAUUCGCUGGACUUGCUAUAAACUCUGAAAUGCUUGCUUGGGGUAGAGGUGGCAUGCGGAGCAACACUCGCCAUAGCAAUCAGAGUGCUGGGAAUAUAAAGCUUGCAAGGAGCAACCGCAUGCCUAAGCUACUUGAAAGUUGCCAAGAUACAGUAGAAAGAGAUGCGUUGGAUAUUCAAUUCAUGCUUGUGCCCUUUGACGAACAAAGUUUACCAAGUUUGGAGCGUCGACACAUGCGUUGUGAACCCACUGUAACAGUUAGAAAGCUCAUCGAGUAUGUUGCCAAGAACACUGCUGCUAAAGCUGAAGAAGUUGAAAUUUUACUGGUGCAAAACGGAGAUGUAUUGUGCAAAUUGGAGGGGCAGGAAACAGUGGCAGAACUUCAAGCUAUGUCCAGCGUUACUCAGCAUGAUAUGCGUUUGGCUUACAGGCUGAAGUCACAGGUUCGAUGAAUUCCGUUUGAAGCUGAUAUAUAUGACAUCCAGGAUGAACAGUUAUAAUGUUCAGUCAAGAAAAGUGAAUAGAAAAAUACUUUGGGGGAAGGAAAUUAGCUAGUGCAGGUUUAGGGCCAGAAAAGAGAGAUAUUUUUUUUGGUUCUUAAACUUUAAUAUAAGUUAUAAAAUUGUUUCUAGUUCAUAAGAGUUUAGAAUGUUUAACUGUUUGUUCUUGGAUCUUGGUUUGGUCCAAUUGUAUCCUAAAGUUGUGAAUUUAUGGGAACUAAAAGCAUGGAGACUUCUUUGGAUUGAUAAGCAUAAUUUUACUUUGUCA